UCCGAUCAUCUCUCUCUAUCUUGGUCGUUUUGUCGAUAAUAAUGGCAGAGCAGAAGAGAUACUCUGGUUCAUCUUCGUCUUCUGCGUCUUCUUGGUUCGCUCACUUUCGGUCUUCAGCUAUUAGAUCCAAGCCUCUCGUUAGUUCUUCCUUGGACACUACUGUCCAUACAAGUUCCGGUGAAGUUCUCGUUCGCCGUCUCGGCCUAUUCGAUCUUAUUCUUUUAGGUAUCGGUGCAUCAAUUGGUGCUGGCAUCUUUGUCGUCACCGGAACUGUUGCUCGCGAUGCUGGACCUGCUGUCACAGUUAGUUUCAUUCUGGCUGGAGCAUCUUGUGUGCUUAAUGCACUCUGUUAUGCCGAACUGGCGUCCCGUUUUCCUGCUGUUGUUGGGGGAGCAUACUUGUAUUCAUACACAGCAUUCAAUGAGCUUACAGCAUUUCUCGUGUUUGGACAACUGAUGCUUGACUACCAUAUUGGGGCAGCUAGCAUAGCACGAAGCUUGGCAAAUUAUUUUGUGAACAUACUGGAGCUCUUUCCCUUAUUCAAGAAUCACAUUCCAAGUUGGAUUGGCCAUGGUGGCAAAGAGUUCUUUGGAGGAACUUUAUCGAUUAACAUAUUAGCUCCAAUUCUCUUAGCAGUCUUGACAAUAAUUCUCUGCCUUGGUGUUCGGGAAUCAUCUGCUUUGAACUCAAUUAUGACUACAACAAAGAUAAUUAUUGUUCUUCUGGUCAUUGUAGUUGGUUCUUUUAAGGUUGAUGUAUCAAAUUGGUCUCCUUUUGCUCCAAAUGGGUUUAAAGCAGUAAUGACUGGAGCAACAGUAGUAUUUUUUGCAUAUGUUGGAUUUGAUGCAGUAGCUAAUUCAGCUGAAGAAUCUAAAAAACCACAGAGAGAUUUACCAAUAGGAAUUCUUGGAAGUCUUCUUGCUUGUGCAAUAUUAUAUGUUGCUGUCUGCUUAGUGAUCACUGGAAUGGUACCCUACAAGUUUCUUGGUGAAGAUGCUCCAUUAUCUGAAGCUUUUGCAUCCAAGGGCUUGAAAUGGGUUACUAUUUUGAUAAGCAUAGGUGCUGUUGCUGGGCUUACUACAACCCUUCUAGUUGGCUUGUAUGUUCAGUCUCGGUUAUAUUUUGGGCUUGGAAGGGAUGGUCUACUGCCUUCAAUAUUUGCCAAAGUACAUCCUACGCGUCACACUCCUAUUCACUCUCAGGUGUGGGUUGGAGUGGUUGCUGGCAUCUUGGGAGGGCUAUUUAAUGUGCAUGUACUAUCACACAUCCUUUCGGUUGGCUCGUUGACAGGCUACUCUGUUGUUUCAGCAUGUGUUGUAAGCCUUCGUUGGAAGGAUAAAGCAUCAAGUUUAGUUUCUUCAAGGUGGAUUUCAAAUUGGCAGGAAGGUGUCAUGUGCCUUGUCGCAGUUGCCUGCAGUGGGUUUGUUGCAGGACUUUGCUACCGUUUUGAUGCUCUUAUCUGGUUGCUGGUACCUAUAAUAACGGGAAUACUUGGUGCAGUUGCUCUUUAUUAUCGUCAAGCCUAUAUGGAAGCUUCAGGGUUUUCUUGUCCAGGAGUUCCCAUCGUUCCAGUUGCUUGCAUAUUCUUCAACAUCUUCUUGUUUGCUCAGCUACACUAUGAAGCAUGGAUAAGAUUUGUCAUCCUCAGCAUUGUCUCAGUUGGUAUCUAUGCAUUUUAUGGGCAAUAUCAUGCGGAUCCGGUAAGUUCAAAAGAAAAAAUAAUUUAUCAUCGGGCACCAACAGAAGAAGGUUAAUAACCAACAAAUUUUUUGGAUGGUUACUUUUCUACUUGAUUGGGCUUAUGCUGUAUUUCUGUAUUAUUAGUUUUACCGGCAAGCCCUGCAUUGUAUUUUUCAGUGCACAGUCAUAAAGGUUGUAUAUCAUAAAGAAGCAAAUAGGGGCGCAAAAUUCAAAAUGAUUGUCUGUAGAGCUCUCAUGUAUCGAUUUUUGAGUAACAAAAUGUAAACAUAAAAAUUGUCUGA